GAAUUAUCAUAAUUGUUUGUUGGACGACGUCGCUAGCAGUGGUUGGUGGAUUUGCCAAGUGGAAACGAUGAAGUAUUUAGCAGCCUAUUUCCUAGCACAGUUGGGAAGCAAACGUGGGAAGCCUACUGCAGAUGAUAUCAAAAAGAUAUUGACUUCAGUAGGUGUCGAAGUAGAAGAAGACCGUGUUACGCAAGUAGUUGAAGCCUUGAACGGGAAGGAUUUGGACGAGUUGAUGGAACAAGGUUUGCAGAAAAUGACAACAGUACCAUCCGGUGCAACAGCGGCACUAGCAGCUGCAGUAGGAGCAGCUCCAGCAGCAACAGGAGGAGAAAGUAAAGAAAGCGCCAAGGCUGCAGAAAAAGAGGAAGCAGCAGAAGAAAGCGACGAAGACUUGGGCUUUGGUUUAUUCGAUUAAAGUUGUCUUACGAUUCUUGGCAGUGUAAGCACUUUCAUUGUGUCUUUUUGCGUGUAUCUUUCAAACUUUUUUCUGUUGAACUUGUUUUUCUGCAACUUCUUAGUAAUAAUGAAAUGUUGAAAAAGUCCCA